UUUGUCUUUCCUCCCCCCACAUCCAAUUAAAGCAAACCAACUUUCCUUAAUAGACUUUCCAGAUAGGGGAACCAGUUUGCACGAAUCGAGGCCAAACUCUCAAAGGAUCGAAAGGGUCGGUGCUACGCGCCCGGCCACCCGCCAGCCAUGCAGAGAUCCGCUGGCAACACGCCGACGCAACAUGCGACUCCUUUCUUUUCCACCAAUAUUUGGGGGGGUAAUAGUAAAGAUACUAGUAAAGAUACUAGCAAAGAAUCCAAAGACAGUAAAGACAGUAACAACUUGCUACCCCGACCCCAGACUUCUAGCAGAUCGCGGCCGGGCACUAGUUCAGGGGAUAAGGAUAGGGAUUUUAACGUCUUGACUAAGGAUCGUGAUCGCAAACCUUCUUUCGGGCGUAGACCAUCCUUCUCUUCCCCUUCUAAGGGAAAACGCCGUCCCAGUUCGUCUCAUGCUGGGUCAUCCUUCAGCAACGAAAUCAAGACUGACGCGGCUACGCCUCCCGCCAUACCUGCUGACUUUGCACUUGCUGCUGCUGCUAAGUUAUCGAGAGAAGCAGAGGUAGUACCUUCGCCCGCAUCUACCGAUUCCUUUUCCAAGAUGAUGAGCCGAGGCGCACCGACACCUACUCCGGGCUUCCAUACUAUUCCCGCGACAUCACCUCCCAUACCUCAGACUCAAAAUGAGAUUCCAUCUCUUCACCAGCAUAUACAUGAGGUCGCCAACAAAAGGAUAUCAACCUUAGAUUAUCUGCGCAAAGCACAUGAGGGUCGAAUUUACUGGUUUAACACGCUGCUCUUUGACAAACCUGACUUGGCACGAAUGCCCUACUUCGAUAGUCGCAAACUUUCUUAUCGCGCCACUAACUACCUCUUGCUGGGGUUGUCACUGCCUGCCGUUAUCGACUUAAACUCCUCUACGCCACUUGAAUUCCUCCGCUCUCUCAACACCCUCAUUGCUGAAUUCGAGUCCUACCAGCAGAUACACACCGAAAAUGGCCUUAACACGAGCUCUUUGUCGCGUGCGCGCUUACCGAAUAUGUUCCGUCGGGGGGCUGGUGGGAGAGGAAGGAGACAGUCGGGCGCAGACCCUUCUGGAGAUGCUGGCGGAACCACUAGCGGCUCGGCAGUAAAUUCUAUGCCUACGAGUGUCAUCAACUUUGGCCUUGGAGGUGAAGGCAACGAUUUAAUUCCUGGAGAAGAGUAUACGCAUCUUCUCACGCCCAACCUUCCGUUCGACCCAGACUUUUUUGAGACAUUUGCCACAUUAUGCGACGUGUUGAUUGAUUGCUAUUCGAGGCUCAUGACUCUUUUACCUACGCCUAAAGACUGUACGCCCAUUAUCGCAGAAUUGUUUACGAAGGCCGACGUUAAAAUACGCAGAAUGAUUAUCCAGGCGGUGGUGAAGGAGUUUGAGGAGUCAAGCCGGACUGGCUUAAGACAAGAAAUGACCAACGUGGGCAAGAUAGCCCUAGGAGGGCUGGUAUGAGGAUGUACAUAUACGUGCAUAAUAGCGACCUUGCGUUUACUGGUUUGAUUAUUGAUGUUGGUGUUUUGGGAACACUUUGGAUUGAUACCAGGGUCGCAUAGGUAUUGCAGGUACCAACGGCGUUGAUUUUCAUAGCAGGAGCAUUGAUUGCAUAUAGUAUGCCCAAAGGUGUAUUGCGAGGCAUGACAGAUAAAGUAUAUUUAGUUACGUAUAAUAUAUUUGGAC